CUGCAAAGUUGCCUGUAGUGAAAUGGCAGCUGAUAUCAUUGAAAAGAUACGUGAAGCAGGGGGCACCACUUCUGGAUCAGAGGAGGCGAGUGAGUCCAAGAUGAGCUGGCAGGAGUCAGAGAAGGAAGGUGUAUCCGAGACAGGGUUGCAGGAGUCGGAGAAAGAACGUGAGUCCAAGAUGAAGUGUCAGGAGGAAGAGAAGAGAGGUGAGUUCAGAACAAGAUGGCAGGCAUCAAAGAAGGAAGGCGUGUCCAAGACAAGUUUGCAGGAGUCUGAGAAAGAACGUGAGUCCAAUACAACGUUGCAGGAGUCAGAGUCGGAAAAGGAAUGUGAGUCAAAGAUGAGGUUGCAGGAGUCAGAAGAGGAAGACGUGUCCAAGACAAGUUUGCAGGAACAAGAGGAAGAGAGCAAAGGGAUUCGUGAGUCGAAGAAGACCGAUCAAAUUGUCUGUGAUUCCAAGAAGGCCGAUAAAGCUAUUUGUGAUUCAGCAUCCAUAUCAGAUGAAGAAACUUCUCUUUUAACAGCUUCUCCAAAAUCUGUAAAUGCAAUCCAAACAACAACAACAACGAUAUCAGUAACAGGUGGAGACGCAGCAGUAAUGAAAGAAUUACAACGAGCAACGGCAACAGAUGUAACAGCGAGAAUAGACGUAAUGGCAGAAUUACAAGAUUCCCCAGAAACACCCACCGAAAAGAAAGUCUCUCAGAAUGAAUACGUAGAGAAACUAGUUUGCGAUCUUGUCGAUGAGUUUGUGUCUCAGUCCAUCACAACUGUCUGUGAAGUGGUCGCCAACAGGAAGCAGACCAUGGCCCAGUCCAAAGGGGCGUUACCAAAGCCGAAGAGGAAGUCCUUGUCACUGGGGAACCAGUCAGUUGCUGGUAAAGUAUCUCCUCCUGCAACAGCCAGGUCAGCUUGGGAGAAGCCCCCAGAAAGCGGGUUUAACACUCAACAGCAGUAUUUUGUUGAUGAAAUGGUGGCUUCUCUGGUGGACGAUGCCGUCGGCAACAUUGUGGACAUUCACAAUCGGAAGUUAUCCACUGCAUCCCCUUCUGCGUCGCCGGGUAAAAAGGGGAAAGUGAGCAUUGACUUAGGGAAAGUGGCCACGCGAAGGGGAUCCCAUUUUGAACAAUCGUCCAGCUUUGAAGAGGAUCUUUUCGUGUGGACCCUUUCACCUGAAUCCGAGUCUUCCGAUGACCUCGGAACUGCCGAUGUUGAAGAUGCAGACAAGAUGGAAAACGUAUCCCGACCUCAUUCUCCUCUACCCAGUCACAUGAAGAAGACUCCAGACAGCGCGGACACCGAUGAUUUCUUUGGAGACUUUGAUUUGACUCCCUAUAAGCCUCCACCACCAUAUCCAGGUUCCAAAGAAAAUGAUGCAAUUGCUAAACCUGAGCUGUUGAAGAUCACCAAAGAAUAUUAUGCUGUGCCUCAUAAACGUGAAGAAAUUCAGCAGUUGGUGUCCGAUGCUGUUGAGAUUCUUUGGCAAGACAAACAGAAGAGUACGCAGUUACAAGAUAUUGCUUUACCAGAGACAUUCCUCUCCGUUACAGAAAACCUCUCGACUGAGUUUGAUGAGCACAGCUGCCGCUCAUACAAAACCAUGCUUUUUGACUUGACCCGGGAAAUUGUGAGUGAAAUCUAUGCAGACAAGCAUGAUCAAAGCAACAGACUGCACAAAAGCGAACAUGAGGACCAAAGCGAGGGCGUGUUUGCUCAGUUGCUCUUGCAGAACAGUCAGCUGAAUAUCAACAGAUACUAUCGUAUGCAUUCUAAGCCACCGGCAUGUCUCGACGAACUGAAACGGGUCGUGGAGAAGGCCAUCGGCAGCCUGCUGCAUCUGGACGGCGAGGCAGUGCCCUGUGGCAGCAGCAGCCGCGGCCACGAGUUCGACAAAUGGAAGACGUCGAAGAAAGACCACGUCGACCGGAUCUUGGUGCAAGAACUGCAAGAUGAAGAACCGCAGUGGGUGAACUAUGACUCCGAUGAGCUGCAGCUGAAGUUGCAGCUCACGAACAGUAUAAUGGACUCUUUGAUUGGGAACACUGUCGAUACAUUUAAACAUAUUUAUAAUAAACACUCUCAGUGGCAGCAGGUACAGCUUUAACUUUCUGGACCACCUUCGCACUCAUGAGUUGCUCAACCGCCCGGUGCAGCGACUCGUAUGAAAUGUGCUUAUCUAACUGUAUAUUUCUUCUUUCUGUAUUUUAAUUCUUAUUUUUAAUGUGGAGUCACUGUUUGUUGAGAGUAAAAAUAAAGUAUUUUUUACAAUAA